GCAGGCAGGGUUUCAGGUGAGAGUUGUUUAGUUUGGCUGUGUUGAUUGCAAACUUCUCCACAUGCUGUGUGCAGAAGCACCAUGCACACUCAGCUGGUGGGCAUCAGCCUGGCCAUCAUCGGCUUCCUGGGGACCAUCCUCAUCUGCGGGUUGCCCGCCUGGAAGGUGACGGCCUUCGUGGGCUCCAACAUCGUCACCUCUCAGAUAUUCUGGGAGGGCCUGUGGAUGAACUGCGUGAUCCAGAGCACGGGCCAUUCGCAGUGUAAGGCCUACGACUCUAUCCUGGCGCUGCCCCGUGACCUGCAGGCCUCCAGGGCCUUGGUUUGCGUUUCCUUGGCCGUCAGCGUGGUGGCCGUUGGACUGUAUGUGCUUGGGGCUCGAUGCACCACCUUCUUCCGCCACGACUGGCCCACCAAAGCCAACGUGGGGCUGGCGGGAGGCGUGGUCUUUGUGAUCGCCGGCCUCCUGUGCAUCAUUCCCGUCAGCGUGUCGGCCCACAGCAUCAUCACAGGCUUCUUCAACCCACUGCCCACCGAGGAGAGGCGAGGGGAGCUGGGCGCCUCCAUCUACGUGGGCUGGGCUUCUGGAGCGCUGCUCGUCAUUGGAGGUGUUCUCAUUUGCUCCACAUACAGAUGCUGAGGGCGGCCAACACGGAAUAGUGAUAAUAUGGUAAUAAUAUGGAAUAGUGAGGGUCACAUGUACUCUGUUUACUGUCAGUUGACUUGAUUCUAUUUUUGGUCGCAACCUUUUCCUUAUUUUCUAGCAUGUAAAGUAGAAUACAACUGAUGUGAGACUGUAAAUAAGUUUUGGAAAUGUGAUCAUAGUUGUUUGAUUGUUUUUUUUCAAUGCUGUGUUUUUAGAGGAUAGGAUAGCAAUGUGUCACACGUAACAUAAAUGUAUCAGGAAUAGGUGAUAUGAUGCUUUGCUUUUUUAGUUUCAGUGAAGUGACUUUAUUUUGAGAUUCCUUGAAUUUGAUACUUAUUUUUUUCAAAUAAAAUGCUCAAUUGAGCUUCUUUAAAAAGACUCACAUGAUAUAAUAAUAAUAAUUGCAAAGCGACUCUGUGAAAAUGAAAAGCUUCAGCAUUUGCUACUCCCCGUCACUGGGUGGCGAUAAAUGAGUAGUGCAUUAUCGUGCGUAUGUAAGUACAGUACGUGUAUAUACAAUACUCUGUGAGAUCUCA